UGGAGGAUGAACAUUUUACGAAAACUAUUUUUACUCACUGUGGCUCGCUGCCUACGUGGAAACGGCUCUCAGUGCCCCGAUCCCCGUGGAUUCUGCAAAUUGUUGGCCAAUAAAGAUUUUACUUUGAAAGUUAGGGCCGGAAAUGUUGAAGUUGUUCUGCGGCAUGAAGUGUUGACGACAGAUCAGUAACUCGUGCUGCUGAGAACAUAAGCAUGUCCACAGCGAGUAGCUCAUAACGCUGCUGUCCGAGUCCCAACGAGCCCCCGCCCGCUGCCAGCUAGGUAGGAGUACGCCAGGUUAUCACUAUGGCCUCAUGGGGUAUUCAGAUGACUGUGAUGGUGCUAUCUGUCUUCAGCAGCAGCAGCCAGGGCAAGAGGGACGAGGUGCUCUACUGUUCUGCAUGCAAGGCAAUUGUGGAUGAACUGAACUACUCAAUCAGUCAGGUGGACCCAAAGAAAACCAUCAACGUCGGCAGCUUCAGACUCAACCCUGAUGGAAGUAUGAAAGACAAAAAGGUACCUCUUGCUCGCUCCGAGACUCACCUCCAUGAGCUCCUGGACGGGGUGUGCAACAGCAUGAGCGACUACUCCCUCUACGUGGACCCCGACACCCAGCACAAACAGUACAUGAGGUUUGCUCCCAGGAGCAGCGGGACCACCGGGGACUUCCCCGACUUUAAAAACUUCCAGUUCGACGGACCCGAGGCGUCCAACGCCCUGAAAUUCGCAUGUGAAAGCGUCGUGGAGGAGCUGGAGGAUGAUAUCAUCUCUCUGUUCAGCCAGGACACAGAGCAUGUGCACGAGGAGUUAUGCAACAGAGUCUCAGACUACUGUAAAGACCGCAGUCACACAAACGAGGAGUUAUAGUUUUGUUUUAUGUUUUCAGUCGACAAAAGUGGGACCAGCUUUGUUGCAGAGAUUACAAAAAAGAGGCCUUUAACAAAAUCAGUUUUUGACAAAUAAUUCUUUUGAAAUAAUAAAAGAACAAAUCCUGAGAAACCA